AUGAACCGCAGCGAGCUUCUGCGGGAGCUGCAGCGGCGGGAGGAGGAGGCCGCGCGCGAGCAGCUGCUGCUGCUGCGACGAAUGCGCGAGGCGGAGCGGGAGAGGACCCGAGAGGCGGAGGUGGACAGGGGGAGGGGAAGGGGGGACCUGGGGGAACGCGGAAGAGGGGAGACGCAGCAGGAGCUGCAGCAAGGACGGCAGCAGCAGCUGGCGCAAGAGCGGCAGGCGCAGGGGGAACAGGCGGAGCAGGUGUAUUACGACUUCAGUCGCAUACGCCCGCGGGAACCGUCGCCUCCUAGGUUACCCAGAGACGCGCUCCCGUGGGUGCUUCUAGCGGGGGGCGCGGUAGCGGCAGCAGCGGUGGUACACCACAAGCGGCGGUGCCACCGCAGCAGGCAGCAGCACGCCGCCGCGGAGUCCGUAGUCGGCUCCUCAGGCCCCCCUCUCGGCGCAUGCUCCGCCCCCCUAUUCUCCCCCCAUGGCCCCCCAUUCUCCCCGCACGCCCCCCACGCCCCGCACGCCCCGUACUCCGCCUUCCCCCCGUCCGCCUUCCCCCAUGGCUCUCCGCCAAGGCCCGCCCAGCGGUCGCCCCACGCGUCCGCGCGCUACUCCUCCGCCUCCUCCGCCCGUUCCCUCGCCUCCUGCCCUGGCGCGUCCCCCCGUUAUAAGCACGGCGCGCCCUCCUCCUGCAAUCACGGCGCGCGCUCAUGCACCAGCGGCCCCCGCGUUAGAGGAGCGCAAGGGAUAGGCGCGCCUGUGGCGGAAGCUUCCCCGCAGAAGGAGCUAUCUGGGGCGCUUUCGGGUGUUGGGCCGCGGAUAGAGGGGGAAGGGGGGCGGGGGGAGCGAGGCGAUGGGGGAAUAUGGGCGGAAGGGGGUGCGGAAAAGGGGAAGGGGAAGGCGGAAGUUAGGGGGAGGCGAUUUGGAAGGGGGGUAGGGAGGGAGGAGGGUGGGGAAGAGGUGACGUCUGCUAGAAUAGAGAGACCUAGUGGUCGUCAUGACCAUGCUGCUGCUGCUGCUGCUGCGGGUGCUGCUGCUGGUGGAAGGUCGUUGUUGGCUCCUGCAGCGGAGUAUGGUGAGUGCGUUUGCACGCAUGCAAGCAGACUCACCAGCGCCUCCAGUCCCCCACCUUGUCUCCCAUGCAAUUCCCUACGCUUGUUGUGUCCUCCUCUUGACACUCCGCCUCCACCUCCCUUGCGCUUCUGUUUCCUCGCUUCCUCCACCCCUUCCUCGUCCCCUUUCCCGUUCCCCCUAUCAGGCCUCUACGCGGACCACCUGCGCCCCCACGCCCUCUCACCCGCCCACGCGCUCAGCACAGGGCCCGGACGCGCAGCAGCCAUCAGCGCAGCAGGCGGAUGGGGAGGAGGCGGGGGAGGGGGAGGGGGAGGGCGGGCGGGUGGAGGUGCGGGGAGAGGAGAAGGGGGGAAUGGGGAAGGGGGAGGCGCAGGGAGUGAGGGAUCUCCGCUGCCUGGCGGGCUGGCAAGCUGGCUGCGGGAGGAGAGAGAGAGGGGGCAGGGCAGGCGAGGGGGGAUGGAGCGGAGGGGGGGACGAAGGUUGGUGAAUGCGGGUGGGCAGCAGCAUGUGGACAUGGAUGGGCGGAUGAAUCAAGACGCAGUGCAAUCAGGUCCCUUUCAGGGGAACGAUGAAGGUAGGCAGAGUGGGGGCAGGAGAAGCACAGAGGGAGAGGGAGAGGCACAGGGAGAGUGGGAGAGACACAGAGGGAGCGGGAGAGACGAAGAGGGAGCCGGAGAGGCACAGAGGGAGUGGGAGAGGUACAGAGGGAGUGGGAGAGGUACAGAGGGAGUGGGAGAGGUACAGAAGGAGUGGGAGAGGGCCACAGGCACCCCUGUGUGGAAGAGGCACGCCCCGCCGCGCAUGGCUUUGACACAUCUCACAAUUGUGCCUCUCUCGUUUGUCGCUAACUCAUGCCUGCAUUCAUCCUCCUUGUCCCCAUCUGUCGCCAUCGCUGUCCCCACAGGCACCCCUGCAUGGAAGAGGCACGCACGGCUGCGCACAGCUGCUCGCAACACCACGCCUGCACCCUCGGUUGCCAGCGCUGCUGGCGCUAGUGGUGCCGCUGCCAGUGCUUUCACUGCCAGUACUGCUGCCCCUGCUGCUGCCACAGCCGCUCCCUCCCCGUUUCCUGCAUCUAAAAUCCCCCUGGCAUCUCCUCCUUCCUCUACCCCACCGCCUCCUUCCGUGGGACUCGCUCCAUUCGCGGCGGCUCUACCAGACCCCGCAGCUGCAACUGGUGGUGUUGGUGAUGUAGCGCAAUUAGCGGAUGGCUCAAGGAAGGGAGGCGCUGUGGUGAAUGGAGAGGCGUUGAGCGCGGCUGUAAAGGCGGGUGGCCUGCCGGCUCUUCAUGGACUCUCGCUCUCCUCGAAUUCGUCAGUUUCUUCCGCACUGCUGCCUACUGCCCGUGCGGUGGAGGCAGGGCGAGGAGGAGGAGGUGGAGGAGGUGGAGAGGGAGGAGGAGGUGAGGAAGGGCGGGAGACAACACCACUUAAGGAUCUGGCAAUGGAAUCUGUGUCUGCUUCAGCAGCAGCCAGUAGUGCUGCUGGUGUUCCUGCUGCUGCUGGUGGUGCUGCUGCUGGCGCUGCAGUCACGGCGACAGGGGCAGCAGCAGCGGCGGCAAACGCGGCACAGUGGCAGUUUGGCGGCAGGGUUGGUUCAGCAGCUGUGGGAGGCACGAGCAGGCUUGGCACGCCAGUAGCACCAGCACCGGCAGCAGCGAUUGCACUUACUGAAGCCUGUGUUUCAGGCCAGGCACCGGCUGCCGUGUUUCGGUUUGGGAGUGUUCCAGCAGGGAGGAGGUUUUCAGAUUCUUUCUCCAUGCCUUUCACUGGCGCAAGCAGCACUUGUGCUGCUGCUGCUGCUGCUGCUGCUGCUGCUGCUGCUGCUGCUGCUGCUGGUUUUACUACUGGUGGUGCAGGUGGGACGGGCACUGCCUUCCAUUCUGCUGCAUCCCACAGUGCCUCCACUCCCCCUUCGUUCCUCUUCUCGGCCUCUCCCACUCCCCUCUUCUCCGCGUCUCCUGUGCUUGCCUUUCCUGGGGAGCAGCAGGCAGCAUCGGAGAUGGAGAGAAUCAAAUCCAAUCAGAUCGAAAUAGAACGGAUGGAGGCAUUGCUUGCAGCUGAGAGGGCAGCGAGGGAGGAAGCCGAGACACGGGCCAACCAGCUGAAAGCUGACCUGGAAAAGCUGGCUGCUGAGCUGGCAAUGAAAGUGGCAGGCGCAGUGGAGCAGAGGAGAACGGAGGGGAGGGAGAUGAGAGUGGGGGACAGUGAGGGAGAAAAUGAGAAGCGUGGGCUUGUGCAUGGGAAGGAGGGAGGGAGAGCAGGCGUUGGGGAGGAUGUGGGCUCAAAUAUGGUGUGUGGUUCUGGGUGCGAGAGGGGCUGUAGUAAAAGCACUCACAGUGACGAUGGGGGUGGUAAAGAGGUGGAGAAAAGUGAGGAGGACGGUGAAGGUAGGAGAGAUGGAAAAGGGAUGGAGGGGGAGGAGGAUGUGGAAAGGGAUGGUGAUGGUGAUGGUGAUGGUGAUGGUGAUGGUGAUGGUGAUGGUGAUGGUGGGAAUGACGGUGCAAGUGAUGGUGCGAGUGAUGGUGGGAGCGACGCUGCAGGGAUGAUAGCAGAGGCUGUGGCGGCGGUAAUGGAGGAGGCGAGGGAGGAGAUGGAGCAGGUGAAGGCUGCUGCCCGCGCUGCUGCUGACGAGGCUUAUGCUAAAGGGCGGGCGGAGGGGAGGGCGGAGGGGAGGGAGGAGGGGAGGAAAGAGGGCAGGGAGGAGGCGUGGAGGGAAGGGAUGGAGGAUGUGAGAUUGGAUGGGAGAAUUGCGGGGAGGAAGGAAGGGAGAGAGGAGGGGAGGAAUGAGGGGAGAGAGGAAGGGAGGAAGGAAGGGAGAGAGGAAGGGAGGAAGGAGGGAAAAGAGGAGGGGAGGAGGGAAGGGAGAGAGGAAGGGAGGGCAGAAGCGAUGCAGAUUGCACAGGGGGAGCUGGAGGAAGCUGCGAGGAAGGUGCGUGAGCUGGAGGAGCGAGUGGCUAGAGCUGAAGACAUGGUCCUGAUGAACAGCAGCCAUGGUUCAACGGAUACAGCUCCUGCUGUUGUUGCCUCUGACGUUGCAGCAGCAGCUGUGGCGAGUCUAAAGUCACUGGAGGAGCAAGUGAGAGACGGCGAGGAGAUGGAGAGGGCGUGGCAGGGGAGGUUAGAGGCAGCAGAGCAGGCAAGAGACGCGUUGCACGCACAGGCAGUGGCUGCAGCCGAAGCUGCGACUGCUGCUGCUGAGGCGGUAGCAGCAGCAGCGGAGGGUGAGGCGGCAGCAGGGAGAGAGGCGGUUAGAGGGGUGGAGAGAUUGUUUGGGGAGGAGAGGAGGAGGUGUGAGGAGUUGGAGAGGGAGGUGGAGAGGGAGGGGAGGAGGUGUCGGGAGCUGGAGGGAGAGGUGGAGAGGGAGAGGAGGAGGUGUGAGGAGCUGCGGGAAGAGGUGGAGAGGGGUUGGGAGAGGUGCAGGGAGAUUGGAGAGGAGUUGAGGAGGGAGAGGGAGAAGGGGGAGAUGGAGAGGUUGAUCGUGCAGCAAGAAAGGGAAGAGAGGGGGAAGGAGAGGGAGAGGGCGGAAACGCAGGCACAGGAGGCUGGGAUUUUACUGCAACAGUUUGAGCAGUUGGCUGCUGCUGUGGUUGAUUCAGUGGUGGCUAAGGUGAUUUCUGAAUCAAAACAAGAGGCUGGGCUUGUGCUGCAGCAAUUUGAGGGCCUGGCUGCUGGUGUGGUAGAUGCGGUGGUGACUAGGGUGGUUUCGAAGUCAACUGAGGAGGCUGGCCUUGUGCUGCAGCAAUUCGAGCAUAUGGCUGCUGCUGUGGUUGAUACGGUGGUGUCUAGGGGCAGGGAGAGGAAUGGCGAGGAAGAGAGGGGUCUGCAGCAUGUGAGGUGGGAGAUGCGAGAGGGAGGGGCAAAAGGAAGCAGAGCGGAAAAGAACAGGGGUGUGAGGGAGAGUGAGGAGCUCAAGUCACGUGUGAGUGAGCUGGAAUCCAGGAUUCAGGACGUUUUUGAGAAGGAAAGGUAUGCAAUGGAUAUUGCAGCGGUCGUCUUGGAGUCAAUGGUGGGUGAGGUGGUUAGAAAGGCAGUGGUAGCACGGGCUGAGACAGAAGCGGAAGUGUCUGAGAGGGAAAGGUAUGCGAUGGAGAUUGCAGCGGUUGCCUUGGAGUCAGUGGUGGGUGAGGCGGUUGCAAAGUCGGAGGCGGAAGCUUCAGCGAAAGAGAGGUAUACGAUGGAAAUCGCAGCAGUUGCUUUCAAGUCAGCGGUGGGUGAGGUGGUUAGGAAGGCGGUUGCACGGGCUGAGAAGAAGGAACAAGAAACUUCUGAGAAAGAGAGGUGUACGAUGGAAAUUGCAGAGGUUGUCUUGCAGGCAGCUGUGGAUGAGGCAAUUACGAAGGGGAUGGUAGCACGGACUGAGACAGAAGCGGAAGCUUUUGAGAAAGAGAGGUAUACAAUGGAGAUUGCAGCAGUUGCCUUGGAGUCAGCUAUGGGUGAAGCGGUUAGGAAGAUGGUGGCACAGGCUGAGAAAAAGGAAGCGGAAGCUUCUCGGAAAGAGAGGUUUACGAUGGAAAAUGCAGCGGUUGCAUUAGAUUCGGCGGUGGGUGAGGUGGUAACACUAGCACAGGCUGAUAAGGCUGUAGAAACUUCUGAGAAAGAGAGGUUAACUAUGGAAAUCGUGGGGAUUGCGCUUGAAGGGGUAGCAGAGGUGGCAGUUAGCCAGGCUGUGGCCAAGGCAGAGGCUCGGAUGCACGAGGCUGAGAAACAGGUUCGGGAGAAGGUAUGGGAGGAGCUCUGGGAGCAGGUUCGGGAGGAAGUUCGGGAAAAGGUUUGGGAGGAGGUAUGGCCCGAAGCUGAGCAGAAGGCUCGGGAGAAGCUGAAUGCUGCAUGGGCAGCUGUUGCCAAAGCCGAAGCUGCUGUAGAGGCUCGGAGUGCUGCUGUGGUGGAGGAGGGGCGAGUGAGGAUGGAAGAGAGGGUAAGACGGGAGGAGGGGCUGAGGGAAAGGGAGGAGAGAGUGAGGGAGGGAGAGGAGAAGUUGGACGAAGAUGUGUGGCUCUUAGAGGAGACACUUAGGCGGCGGGACGAGCAACUGCUGCUGUUAGCUAAGAGGGAGGAGGAGGUGAGUGGAAGGGAGGUAGUGGUAGGGAAAAAGGAGGAGGAGAUAGCACGGAGAGAGGAGGAGGUGAGGAGGGGAGCAGAGGAGGCGAGGAAGGGAGGGGAGGUGGAGAGGGAAGGAGAUAUGGGGGAUGGGGGAGUUGAGGUGGGGAGGGCGAUGGAGGUAGCAGCAGCAAGGGAGGCUGCUCGUGCUGCUCAUGCUGCUGCUGCUGCGGCCGCGAGGAGAGUGGUGGAGGAGAGAGAGCGGUGCAGAGAGCUUGGGGAGGAGUUGAAGAGGAGGGCAGAGAGGGAGGAGGAGAGAGCAAGAGGGAUGGUGCACGUGGGGGCGGUUGUUCUUGAAGCUGCUGUGGAGGAGGGUGUGAGGAAAGCGGUUGAGAGGGAUAGGGGGCGAGAGAAGGAGAGGGAGAGGGAGAGGGAGAGAGUGAGGGAGAGGGUGAGGGUGAGGCAGAAGGAGAGGGAGAGGGAGCGGGAAAGAGAGAGGGAGAGGAAGGGGGAGAGGGUAAGAGAAAGGCUGCGUGUAAGGGAACGGGUGAGGAUGAGAAUGCGGGAGAGGGAGAGGGAGAGGAGGAGGGAGAAGGAGAGGGAGGAGGGUGGAGGGGAGGUUGAGGAAGCAUGUUUGCAUGUCAUGAUGGCUGCAGCUAUCGAGGCAGCUGCAGAGCAGGCUGCUGCCUCGGCUGUAGCGGCAUCUGUAGCAGCACAGGGAUUUGCAGCUGCAGCUGUAGGAGCGAAAGGAUCUGUAUCAGGCUGUGCAAAGGAUGAAGGGGGAGUGGGGCUGGAGGAAAGGAAAUGGAUGGAGGAAGGGGAAGGACCUGAGGAUGGAGAGGGAGAGACGGAGGAGGCAGAGGGAGUUGAGGGAGGGGAGGAGGAGGCGGAGGGGGAGAGGGAGGGGGAUGACGUGGAAGGGGUGGGGUAUGACGUCGUGGGGGAGGGGGAUGACGUGGACAGCAUGUUGGAGGAGCUGUUGGGAUUGGCUGAGAAUGGAGGGGCAGAUGGGGAGAGCGAUGGUGGGGAUGAGGCGGAUAGCAGGCAGAGCAGGCGGCAGGUGCGGCCUGUCCGCCUGUUUGGUUCGGGCGAGGAACGGAGAGCAACAGCAACUGAAUCUGCCUCCUUGGAAGAACCACAUUUGGACGAGAUAUCACAGCUUCUGCAGAAGUUCAGUAUAGGAGCCUCCAAGGACGAAGGCCAUACAAACUGA